AUGCAGAGGAGACGGAGCGUGGUGGCGAGGACGAGAAGGCGCUGUGCCCUUGCCGGUGCAAUAGCGGCAGCGCCGGCGGCGAGCGAGAGCAACCGCCGGCGAGAGAGCGAGGGAUCGGACGGCAGGUCCACGCCGGUGGCAGCGAGAACCAGGUCGAGGAUGUUAUCUCAGAACCAUCUCGUUCUUCUUCCAGCCGGCGUCUCGUCGUCAUCGGUCUCGGAAGGCUUGAGGAAGAGAGACGAUCGGCCGAAUACUGCUUCACUGUGUCGCUGGGGUUCUGUCAAGAUUACCGGCGAGGGUACAAGCCUCGAGCUAUCCGAUGAUGACAGGUCGAAUACUACUUGGAUCGUCCAUGUUGCGGAUCGAUCUGUCGAGGAUAGCGGGGCGGCGUCUUCCUCUUGCAGGGUGGUUUCUGAUCAUAAUUCUGAUGAAUCCCACUGCGUCUCUUCGGAUGAUUGUGUGCUCAUAAAUGUUGGCGCGGCCAAAGAUGUGUUUGAAUCAGGAAGAAGCUUUCUCUUCGAGGCUAAUGCGAAAAGGUCGAGAUUACAAUCUGAUGACGCCUGUCUGGAGUCUCCUCCUCCAGGAGAAGGGGUUCCUGUCUUUGAAAAGCCCAUUGUUGAUAGGAGUGCAGAUGCUGAAACCAAUCCUAGCAGACGGAUGAGCAAGCCAAAUACUUGUUCAGGUUCAGCAAAAGGUAUGUGGCAUUCCGGUCAUGUGAUGAAAAACUGCGUAGCGAUGAGGACGAGAUCAAAACUUUUUGGGGACAAGUGCAAGGCGUUUGAUUACUCUGUUUAUUUCAAAAAGUUGGAGAGUCCAGAUAUGGUGUACGUAGAAAUAGACGAUUCAGAUGGUGAGAAAACAUUUCCGAGUUUUUCAUCACAUUUGUCAUCGUCAUCAUCGUCUGAGACUGAUGGUGAAAAAAACGAAGAUAGUGGCAGGAGAACCCUGGGUAAGUCAGCAAGAUCAAAUGUAUUAGAUGCUGAGGGUCGUGUUCAAGGGAAAGCAACAACAGUCCCAAUAAAAACGUCCCCUGCAACCAAGCCGCAGGAUCUUCGUUUCGGCAAAUCCAAAAAGAGGAAGCGUGAGCAGACGCUAAAAGGUGAUUCCCUCCGGGGAAACGUGGGCAACCUCCUGGACGAGUUAUUGCCAGAAACUGGGACAUUUCCGCACGGUCAUCCUACUACCAAGAAUAAUGAGUCCCUCCCUUUAAUAUUCUCUUUUGGAGAUGACAACUUGGAGCCGGCUGAGAAGCCCGAGUAUGAAAGGAAAUUGGAUGAGCUAUGGGCUGAAUUUGAUUUUGUUCUGCAUUCAAACGAUAUUGGCUCCUACAGCCCCUACAAGGUACGCCCCUAUAGAGAAUCUCCAGAGUCAGGUCAAUUCAGGAAAAAGAUCUCCCUCGCUUGUCUGUCUUUCUACUCUGGUACUUCGUUGCUUUUUCUUUAGAGGUUUCAUGGUCUGAGUCCAUGAGUGAGCUUGAGAAGGAAAGACGAUUUAUUCAUGCUUCAUGCUCUUUUUUGACCUUUGCAUUUUUUUCCUUUUUCCACCUGUUUAUAAAAUGGAACAGAUAAAAUAGGGGAUUUUGAGUUGUAAAGCUCGAUUAGAUAAGGCUUCUCGAAUGAAGUUUAAAUGCACUAUAUAUGGCAUAUUUUCUGAUCGUCUGCAUGGCCUCCACAAAGCUGGUUAGAAGAGGGAUUUUGGUUUGGAAUAAAACACUUUCACAUUCAAGGGCCCAGAUACCCAAUGGUGCUUCGAAUCGAUUCUAAUCAACCUUUUCCAGAAAAGAUUUUUUAAAAGUUGAAUAAGUCCGUCGAGACAUCCGAUUCGAGCUGAAGCAACAUGAAAUCUGCCAAUUCUGUGGGGAUUUGACCACUGUCUGGUUGUUCUGGCCUGAUAUCUUACUCAAAUCUGUGGUAUUCGAACAACAGUGCUGUUAUAAAGGGAUGACUAUGGAAAAUGCUGUUCUCUAGCGGAGGGUGGAGCAUGAGGAUAAAAAAAAUAGAAGAGAAAACAAGAUGAUUUGGCUUUUUUGCCAAUUUCUGCUGAUCAGUUGAGCUGCUACCACGUGCCUCUUCCAGUCUACAACUCACACACCUUCCGCAGCCUCCACGCUUCCACCUCUGUUCAUUCCCCGAAAAUGUUUUAGACAGGGUGUUGGGAUAUUUAUUGAAGAUUGAGGUCUGUUUAAAAAUCUUACCAAGAUUGGAUCGCUUUUAUACCAUUAGUGAAUCCAAUUCCCUCUCUUUAUAUGUACUUUCUUAAUAAACUUUUUAAUAUAACCCUUUAUUUCAUUUUCUUUUUUGCCAAGUCGGGCUCCUCCCUUGGAUCAGGCAAUUGGAAAGCUGACACUUUGAUCCCGAUAUGAAUCAGAUAGCCAUAGUUCUUGAUUUUGUUAUUUCUUUCCCUCGUAUCUAGCUCUCAUCUAUUCGUUUCCAAAUGGGCCAGAGGAUGGGCAUUUUUGGACUGUUUGGAUUAUAUCUGCCGACAUCAGUUGGCAUAAACCCAUAUUUGUCCAGUAAGAGAAACACUUUCCAGUAGGAUGGAAUAAAGAUACUGUGUUUAAAUGUCCCUCUUCGUCAAUGCAUUGCUCCGGUCAACGCAAUACUUCAACAGGGUAUUGGACCCGAUAAUUGGAAAGAAAUCCCAUAGUUGACUUAUGAUGAGACAUUUUAGAAUAAUUUCACGUCGAAAUUAAUGAAUAAAUGACGUGAUUGGGUCUUCUGAAACCUUAACGACCAGGAUCAUAGCUGUUCCCCAUGGUCAAAGAAGGAGACCAGACGAGAGAAAAAGGUUCAUUUCUUAUAUUAUAUACCCUAAAUUUCCUUUUUUUGGAUAGGUUUCACGACUUUAUAAUUCUCAUCUUGAUGUCAGUGAAGGCAAUCAUGUUCCUUCUUCUUCUUCUUUUUUAUUUUAUUUUUUAUUUUUUUAUUAUAUAUUUAAUUUACUUUUGGUGGGCUUGGCUUCAACUGGCAUCAUGUGUUCUUGAUCUUCUUAGAAUGAGCAUAAAGAGGCGGAGGAGCCUGAGGGGGGGAGGGGCCACCCUUUCCCCCUCUGUAACGGGGGCGGGCACCAACUUAUUCUCGACGAGCAGAUUGGAAUCAGAUGCAGUCAAUGCCCCGACGUGAAGCUGGAGAUCAAAUACAUCCUUCCAUCUCUGGUAAAUCACGACCGCUGGCUCAGUUCUCCGUCGCCGGGGAUCAUGAUUGCCCACUUCUUCUUCUUUUAAUAUUAUUUCCGCUUUUAGGCCGCUGACCGCCGCAGUGGAGGACCAUCUGGUCAACCCAUCAUGGGCGUCAGAAGAGAGAACCGCCCGCCGCCGCUGCCGGAUGACUUCCUCGGGAGUAGGAGCCCCCCAGGAUUCGAAGUCAACCCGGAGGGGGCCACCGUAUGGGACGUCAUCCCCGGAGUGAAGUCAACGCUGUACGCUCAUCAGCAAGAAGCCUUCGAGUUCCUGUGGCGGAACAUGGCCGGCGACCUCUCCCUCGAGAGUGUGAAGAAGAACGACUCCGCCACCGCCACCGUCUCCGGCGACGGCGGCGCCUCGGGGGGCUGCAUGAUCUCCCACGCGCCGGGCACGGGGAAGACCCGGCUCGCCAUCGUCUUCCUCCACAGCUUCCUGCGCGUGUUCCCAGAGAGCCGCCCCGUGGUGAUAGCCCCCCGUGGGAUGCUGCUCACCUGGAGCAUGGAGUUCCAGAAAUGGAAGGUCAACAUCCCCGUUCAUCUCCUCAACGAGGCCCCCCUCUCCGGCCGCCGGGAGGCGCUCGACCGGUGGGCCAGCGGCGGCGGCGGCGUCCUCCUGGUCAGCUACUGCCUGUUCGCGAAGCUCGCCGGGGGCGGGCGAUGGGGGAAGCUCCUGCUUCAGAGGCCGAGUUUGCUGGUUCUGGACGAGGGCCACACGGCGAGGAACGACCAGAGCCGCUUGUGGCAGGCGCUGCGGUUGGUGGAGACGCGGCGGCGGGUGAUCCUCUCCGGCACGCCGUUUCAGAACAACUUCGGCGAGCUCUACAACACCCUCCGCCUGGUCCGCCCCUUCUUCUCCGGCGACCGGUGGGCGGCGCUGACCAGCGACGUCGCCAUCUCCGGCGAGGCGCUGGAGCAGCUCCGCUCGAUGAUGCGGCCCUUCGUCCACGUCCACGGCGGCAGCGGCAGCCUGAAGAGCCUACCGGGACUGCGGGAUUGCCUCGUGGUGCUCGACCCCCCGCCGGCGCAACGGGAGGCCAUGAGAGCGGCGGAGGAGGAGGGGGGCCGCGGCGCCUCCAGCUUCGCGGCGGAGUACCGUGGCGCGCUGGCGGCGGUGCACCCGUCGCUGGUGGCGGAGGGGGACGGAGGACUGGACCCAGGGGAGGGAGUGAAGACGAGGUUCGUAGCGGAGCUCGUGCGGCUGUGCGGGGCGGUGGGGGAGAGGGUGCUGGUCUUCGCGCAGUACCUGGAGCCCCUGCAGCUGAUCAUGAGGCAGAUGGCGGCGAUAUUCGGGUGGAAGGAGGGGAAGGAGGUGCUGAGGAUGGACGGGAAGAUGGGGUCGGGUCACCGUCAGGCGGUGAUCGAGAGGUUCAACAACGAGGAGAGCUCGGCGAGGCUGCUGCUGGCGUCUACGAGGGCGUGCUCGGAGGGGAUUAGCCUCACCGGGGCCUCGAGGGUGGUGCUCCUUGACGUGGUGUGGAACCCCGCUGUGGAGCGGCAGGCGGUCAGCCGGGCCCACCGGCUGGGGCAGGAGAGGGUGGUCUACGUGUACCAUCUGAUCACCGCCGGAUCGAGGGAGGGGGACAAGUACCUGCGGCAGGUGGAGAAGGACCGCCUAUCCCGGCUGGUCUUCUCGCCGGAGGCUGAUCGGAGCAGCUCCGGCGACGGCGAGGAAGAGGAGGAGGAUAAGGUCUUGAAGGAGAUGGCCGGGCACGAUCGGUUCAAGGGCGUGUUCAAGCGGAUUCUGUACCACCCCAAGGAGUCGGACUCGGUCAACGCAUACGCCUUCUGA